AUGCCUUGUGUGGUGGAGAACCAGCUCGAGGUCUUCAGAUCAGACCCCGUACUCUCACAUUUGGCCCAAGGAACGAACAUCCGAUACGGUGCCUGUCUCCAUGCUCCAGAACAAGAGAGAAGAGAGAAGUUCCUUCAGGGCUUUAGAAGUAAACGACUGGCGAUUGUGAGUGCUUGAGUUUAUUUUUGAUGGGUUUAGAUGGAUGUCUUGUGGCUUUAGCAAGGAGAUAACGAGAUAUUACACUAGAAUAAGUAACCGUGUUCCCUUUUUUGCCGUACCUUUAUUAUGAUUAGUGCUAAAGUCCAGUUUAAAAGCAAUAUUUUUUUUGCAUUGAUCAAGUACAACGCUUUUGCCAGACAUAUAUCAGGCCUUCGAAUCUCUGCAGCUUAGCGCAUAAUCUCUUUUUGUAUCUUAUGUCAUAAACAUGAUCGGGUAUGACCUUUCCGUCCUUCAAAUUAGAGGGCGCCAAAUGUUUUUGUCAUUGUUGAUCCCGAUCUUUACGACAUUUAGCCCUGAAAAGUGAUGCGCGACAAGAUUAAUAAUCGAACGCAUCGACGGACAAGUUCUUAUAAGGCCUGAAAGUAUUUAUCCCGCGUGCGGCCAAUUGGCUCAAAAAGAUUUAUUUAUGGGUUCCGACAAGGGGACAAGAUGUGAUCGGCCACUAAAAUAACGUUUUUAUAAAAGCGACGGCAGAGUCAAAGGUGUCUGUUAGAACUUUUAUGAUCUCCAGAUGACAGGAUUACGGUAAAAUACGAAGUCCCAUUCUUCCUCCAUAAAAGCGGGAGACUUGUUUUGGAGUCACCUUGUCUAAAUUAAUUUAUUUUUUUCAGACCUUUCCUUCGCAUGGAGUAAAUAUGGAGAUAAACCUCUGUCCAGAAGUCCGAGAGCACAACAAUGACAUGAUUUUUGAGAGUCAGUUUAUCUUCAACGGAGUGUGCUGUCGCUUAAAAGGCCGCAUUAAUAAGAACUCGCUGGUGGGCACGGCUAAGCUUGAAUUUGACGCCGAAACUGCUGAAAGGGAGGCCAAAUUGGCGGCCAAAGCGCGGCCAUAUCUUCAGCGGAUCACCAAUUUGAGGAAUCUGAUCACCGGAACUCAGCCUCAUUAA